GCAAAACCCCGCCCCCUCACUACCGCUGCACGCGGCUGUGUUGAUCUGCUUGUUUGAAUCACGGAAGUGCCUCGUCUGAGACGUCUACAGUUCUUCAUAAACAGCCUGCAGUGUUCUGCUCUGGUGAGAUUAGCUUUAUUCUUCAUUUAUAAAAGAAUCUGGGUUUCUUUUUUUCAUGAAGUGAAAACAGGACCUACAAAUUCAUGUGAUUAACCUGAAUAAAGGCUGAAAUCAGGGAGUGAUUGCUUCUUUAACAAAGUGAAAGUGAAACACUGAGCGUACAGACUGGAGAGAAGAACAACAGCAACAAUAAAAUGGCUGCUAAGUUUUCAGAGGACGAUUUUUCCUGUCCUGUGUGCUGUGAAAUCUUCAAGGAUCCUGUUCUCCUGCGCUGCAGUCACAGUGUGUGUAAAGUGUGCUUGCAGCAGUUCUGGAGGGUCAAAGGAUCCACAGAUUGCCCUGUCUGUAGGAGGAAGCUACCUAUGGAGAAACCUCCCAUAAACCUGGCCUUAAAGAACCUGUGUGAGACCUUCUUACAGGAGAGCAUACAGGGAUCUUCAGUGUUUGAAACAGUCUGCAGUUUGCACAGUGAGAAACUCAAACUCUUCUGUCUGGAUGAUCAUCAGCCAGUGUGUUUGGUGUGUCGGGAUUCAAAAAAACACACCAAUCACAAAUUCUGCCCCAUUGAUGAGGCAGUAACAGACUGCAAGGAAAAGCUCAAAACUGCACUCAAGCCUCUACAGGACAAACUGAAGAAUUUGAAAGAUUGUAAACUGAACUGGAGUCAAACUGCAGAACAUAUAAAGAUUCAGGCUCAACACACAGAGCAUCAGAUUAAGAAGGAGUUUGAGAAGCUUCACAAGUUUUUACGAGAUGAAGAGGCAGCCAGGAUCAGUGCACUGAGAGAGGAAGAGGAGCAGAAGAGUCAGAUGAUGAAGGAGAAGAUUAAGAAGCUGAACAGAGACAUGUCAUCUCUUUCAAACACAAUCAGAACCAUAGAAGAGGAGAUGAAAGCUGAAGACAUCUCAUUUUUACAAAACCACAAGGCCACAGUGAAAAAAACUCUGUGCACACUGCAGCAUCCAAAGGAGCUUUCAGGAGCACUGAUUCAUGUGGCUAAACAUCUGGCCAACCUGAAGUUUAGAGUCUGGGAGAAGAUGCAGGACAUUGUCCAUUACACACCUGUUACUCUGGACCCCAACACUAUUAAUUCUAAACUCAGGGUAUCUGAUGAUCUGACCAGUGUGAGAGUUGGCGAUGAAGAACAGAAACUUCCUGAUAAUCCAGAGAGAUUUGAUGAAUAUUGCUCUAUCCUGGGCUCUGAGGCCUUUAACUCAGGAACACACUGCUGGGAUGUUGAAGUUGGAAACUCUAAAGACUGGUAUGUGGGUGUGAUGACAGAAUCUGCUCAGAGGAAGGGAACUGUGUUCUCUAGAAGUGGUGUUUGGUAUGUGUGGUAUUAUGGUGACAUAUAUAGAGCAUGUGCGGCACCACAUGAAGACAUUGAUCUUUCAAUAACACAGAAUCUCCAGAGAAUUAGACUGAAGCUGGACUGGGAAAGAGGAAAGCUGUCAUUUUCUGACCCUCUCACUAACACACACAUACACACUUUCAAACACACAUUUACAGAAAAAUUACUGCCAUUCUUCUCUAUUUGGUAUAAAGAUUAUGAUCUAAAAAUUCUCUCAGUUCAGUGCUCCAUAAGAGUGAAUCAUAUCAGUUAAAGCUUAGUUUUACUUUAGUUCAUUAAUGAAAUAUUAAAAGAUUCAUAUUUUUUACAGAAGCAUAAAACAGUCCAGGUUUUUACAGUUAUAAACAUGUAAAUAUUUUGUUUAACCCAAAAUCAAAAUAUUAAUAUAACAAUAUACAUAGUAUACAUAUUAUAAAACAAUAUAUUAUAUACUUAGCUAUUCUGUUAAAACAAAGUUAUUUAAUUAAAAAUAAUGUGAUUAUGUUUAAAUAACUUAGUGGCAUUUUCAGUUCAGAUUUUCCACAAAUAUUAACUAGAGGAUAAAAUUAUAAAAGUCUGUAGAAUUUGAAAUAUAAAUAGAUGGUUUAAGUUUAUGGAUGAUUCUAACAUGAAUAAAUAACAAUAUUAUUAUUAUAAAAAACUUGUAUUUGUUCUUGUUAUCUUUAUGUUAGAUGCUGUUAAUCCUGGGUGAAAUGUUUAGAUGGUGUGUGUUAUGUGUAAAAAAAAUGUCCUCCACAAGCAGUUUGUGGUGGUUUUCUGAAUGGAAGGAUUUUUUUGCAUUUAAACCUAUAUAUACUUUUUACAGUUGAUGGUAAACAGUAUAUACACUUUCCAAAAGUGCAAGCUGCCCAUUCCGCAGACACUCCCAUACAAUUAAAAGAUGCGGCUUUUCUUUUAACUGAGCGCAGAUAACAAUCCACAUGAUCCCUUUUCUCUUUAGUAGAGGACUUUGUGUCCAUGGUCUCCAAUAAAAAAAAUAAUAAUAAUUUUGACCACAAAACAGUUUUUAAGCCUACAUUUUAAAUGAGCUUAUGCCCAGAGAGGAUGGUGGCAUUUCUGGAUCAUGUACAUGCAUGCCUUCUUCUUUGCAUGAUAUGGAUUUACCCAGCAUUUGUGGUUGACAUUAUCUGGAAGUGUUAAUGAGCUCAUGCAGUGAUCUUCAUUGCAGAAUCAUGACUGUUUUAAAUACAGUGCUGCCUGAGGGCCCGAAGAUCACAGGCAUCCAAUAUUAAUUUUUGCACUUGUCCCUUGGCCACAGAUAUUUCUCCACAUUCUUUGAAACUUUCAAUAAAAUUAUGUACUGCAAAUGA